AUGGUUGAUCUUGGCUUGCAUCAAGACCCUCCUUUGGAAGAGUUGUCUACUCCUGAUCGUUUAGAUAUUCGUCGAAUUGUCUAUCAUUGCGUCUACUGCUUGGAUAGGGGUGUAAGCACCGCGUUGGAGAGAACACUUUCCUUCUCCGAUGGGUCUGUCAAUGUCGCUUUACCCUCAGUUACCACAGCACCUGGCUUUGCUCUUGCAGAUGCAAGCGAUGUCUUUUUGCACAGUGCGCAACCUGCUUGGCAUAUAGUCAAAAUCCGGCAAAUACUGUCCACUGCAUAUCAUAAUAAGUACGAAUACGAAAAUGAGGCAUCCCUCCCAAAUGCGAUCUCCACCUGGACCCUGUGCUACAAAGCCCAGGAAUGGCUGGAGAAUGCUCCUCAGAACACUGCAGGGCCUUUCACUAUUCUAUAUACACUGGAGUCCCUUUACACGACUGUCAUCAUUUUGUCGCCCAUGCAUCGAUUUAUCGGGACAUCUGACUAUUCGAAGGUUCUGUUGUUUGAGCAUUGCAUGGAUUACAUCCGCAAACUUCACCAGAUUUUGGAAACGCCGAGCUUAGUGCCACUGAUGACAUAUCUUGACAUUCAGCGAGCAUACCAGGUCAGUAGCUGGUUUCUCGACCUCUUGGACCGACAUUCAGAACUCGUCCUGAACCGCUCGGUGCCACCGCUUCCCAACAUCGCUUUUGAGACACCAGAACCACCCGUGAUCGACAAUAAGGACCGCGCGAACUGUCAUGCACGAGCGAGCGUAUGCCUGGAUUAUACCCAGGAUCUUCUCCAGUACUGCCUUAGAAAAUGGGGAAUCGCAACGCUUCUUGACACAUUCCAGACAAUUUCAGCGUCUGCUCGAAAACGGCUCAUGCAGUCACCCGCGAUUUACAUUCCAGGUGCAGGGCCUUAUGUGACCGGACCACCCUUGCACCCAUCUGCGGGUGGUGGAUAUCCUGGGUAUCAUCAUGGCCAUUAUGGUCUAUGA